AUGCCGGAAUUGAAGCCCUACAGAGGUGGCUACUACCUGUGGAAAUAUGUCCCUUCUCUACCAGGGGCAAUCAUAUUCUUGAUACUAUUCUUUGUGGCUACCAUCUUCCACUUCUGGAAGCUCCAUCGCACCAAGGCAUGGUUUUGUUUGGCAUUUGCCAUUGGAGGAAUCUUCGAGGUCAUAGGGUAUAUUGGACGAAUUGCCGCCUACAACAGCACAGACUCUGUGAUUGUCUACGCCAUUCAAAAUGUCUUCCUCCUGCUCGGACCCGCCCUAUUCGCAGCCUCCAUCUACAUGGCCCUGGGACGCAUCAUUCGCAGCGUUCGUGCAGAGAAACACUCUCUCGUCCGAAUCAAAUGGCUCACCAAGACAUUUGUCAUGGGUGACGUCGUAUCCUUUUUAGUACAAGCAGGUGCCUCGGGACUGAUGGCUACGGGCGACAAUGCGACAUUGGGCUCGCAUAUCGUGGUGGCCGGUCUCGUUAUUCAAGUCAUUAUGUUUGGUCUCUUCAUCAUCACGUCAAUCGUCUUCGAGGUGCGCAUGCGUCGGUCGCCUACUACUGAGGCUUUUGAUGAACGCAUCAAUUGGAUGAGUCAAUUGCGCACAUUGUAUGCUGUGAGUGCGCUCGUCUUGGUUCGAAGCAUCUUCCGUGUCGUCGAGUAUGCGGCCGGGAAUGACGCUUAUCCACUCACUCAUGAGUGGAUGCUGUAUAUUUUUGAUUCUCUUUUGAUGAUUGUCGCUAUGUUCAUUUGGGGUAUUUGGCACCCUGGCACUUUGCAGAAGUACAUCACGGCGGAUCGACAGGAUGUGACAGUUACGACUGAAGAAGCAGAGGCGAAGGCAUAG